AUGCUAUCACAAUUGUACCAAAAAUUUCUGUAUGAUUAUGAAUGUGAGCGAGAAGGUUUAUCGAGUCCAUCGGAUCUGCAACAAGCAAUUGACGGGAAUCGACGUGAAGGACGUAGAAACACGGCAUCAGCGACGAAUUUCACACAACUGAAUUACUCGCUGAACAGUAGUGGGAGCAGUAUUAUUAAUAAGCAUUUGAAUGGUUCAAUUGCACUUAGAAAUGGACUUGAAGAUGACUCGGGUCUAACGCCAUCAGCAUCGCAACAAGCCGCUUUGGUGGCAGCCUAUCGAGUCGAGCAACUGGCCGCACUUGAGGCGCAACAGAGGCAAUUUGAACGAGUUCAAAGAGCGGCUGUCGAGGCAGUGAGUCGUCAGAGUAGCGUAACACACCCAUCACUGCAACGUCAAACGUCCAUCUCAGGACGCGAAUCCACCUCAUCAGUCGACUCAUCCGACGUUAUAUGUCCAACCAAAAGAUUGAGAACCUCCUCGUUCAGCAGUAGUGUCAAUGCUAACACUAAUAACCAUGCUAUCAGCAGCAACACUAUGAAUAAUGCCAAUAGUAAUCAUAACAACACUAACGAUGAAACGUCAACUAGUAUCAGUUGUAAUAAUCUCAUAAACGAUCGUUUAUUCGCCAACUUACCGUCUGCACAUCUGAAAAUCACCAGUCGAGGUUAUUUGUCCAGAUUAUCAUUUGUUGUUGCUAUCACCUUAUCUCUGGUUAUUUUUGGCGUGAUGUCGUAG